GGUGCUUUUUCCAUUACUUUAUGAAUCACAGGCUCAAAGCAUCCCAACACUGGAGAUGCAGGGACUGGGAACACCCUGAAGGUUGCAUAGCUCAGGACCUUGGGGGAUGGUGUUGGGGGAGAAAAGGCUGGAGGGUGGUGUCUGCACCAGAAAUGUUGGAGAGGCCCAGAUAACCGUGAACAAGUGCAGAGCAGGGUGAGACCACCCCACGGGGCUCAGGUGAGAGGAGAGUGCGCUAAAGAGGACAGUCACGAAAGUAAGGACAUUCAGGCUACUCAGCUGCUGCUUCUCUCACUCUGCCCCUCCCAGGCCCUGGGGCUUUAAAGAGCUGGAACUUUCUAUCCCAAAUAUUCCCCCUCCCCGCUUCAUAGUCCAUCUAUGUGAUGGUCCAAGCCCUGAACCAAAAUUGGCCUCUUUCCUCAAUUCAGAAGGCCCACGGGGGCUGAAGUGAGGAAUCUAUUUUUCUGAGAGUCAGCUUUUAAUCGAUUCAGGAUGUGUCCUGACACUUGAAAGUGACACCUUGCAAGUCCGCUGUGUCAGGAGCUAGGUGUGCCGGAGUGACUGGGGAGAAGUCGUGGAGGAGGAGGUGGCUGGUAGAUGAGAAGCCAGCGCAGGUAAACAACAACGUGGAGAGAACACACGGUGGAAGUGGUCAGGGCGAUUGGCCCCCCUUUCCCCUGAUCUGAAUCACCAGAGGGUCUGGGCUGUGCAUUUCUGACUGACAGGCUUCCUGUGUGAUACCGAAGCCCAGCAUUUGAGAACCACUGGUCCAGUCCACACUUUCCCAUCCAGAUGAGGAGGCCAGCCCUGUGGUUGGUUCUAGAACAGCCCAAAGGGUGUGCUGCACUUAAUGGGCUGAGUGCAAGGAUCCCCAGUAUCUUAGUUUUUAAAAGGUCUCCCACUGGAUUGCCUGGGAGGCUAGUCCACAGUGGGGCAUUGUGUUUCUCAGCAGCUUGCAGCCUGCUGGUUCUCUGUCAUUCACUUACAGAAAUGAUAUUUAUUUAACAGACUCUAAGUGCCAGAUCGGGCUCUGGGGCACCAAGAUACUUUAUUGCAAGACAAAGUUCUUGGCCCUGGUGGAGCUUGUUUUCGUGUGUAUGUGUGUGUGUGUGCACGUGAGCACAUGUGCACCCUUCUGCAUGCAUAGGUGGGGCAUUUUCAUAUUGGUGAAUGUGUGGCUUUUAAGUCUAAAUGCCAAAGAAGUUCAAGGCAUGGAAGCAUACCUAGAAAAUUGUUACCUAUUCUAUAUCCAUCUCUGCUCUCCCAGCCUGGAGAUAGGAGCUCCUGAGGUCUUUUGUAACGGAAUAGCCCCAGGUUCAAAAUCCAGCUCAGCUAUUACUUGUUUUGUAAAUUUGGGAAAGUCAUUUAACUUGUCCAGGCUUGAAUUUUGAAUUCUUCACUUGUAUAAUGUAUAAACACUUGCUCACAAUAUUUUUGCAAGUAUUAAACUAAUGCAUGCAAAGUAUUUAGCACAGCACCUGGAACUUAAGGAGCACUCAAUUAAUGAUCAUGGACGUAAUUCUUUAGGUGGAUACAUUUUUUCCCCCAGAGCUUGAUUAGAAGUCUUACUUAGUUGCAGCAGAUUUCCAAGAAUCUGGCUUAGUGAAAUGGAAGAUGUAUGAGAUGUAUCAAUCAGAAGAGAAAUUGAAGAAUAAGGUGUGUACAAAGAUAAAAACCAAUUCACAGUCACUACCAGGAAAGGGAAAAAAAAAGAAUAUUCUUGAGAAUCAAGCCUAAUGAUGUUAGAUGUUAUACUCAGGAUAAAGACUUUCAUGCAUUCCCUUAAUGAACAUUUAUUGGUGCCUCCUUUAGCCAGAUGCUAUAUCAUAAGAGCUGGAAACAGAAACAUGGUUGGACUUCAAGGGGCACACAGUGUAUUGGAGAUCGUGUGAUAAGGGCUUGUUUAGAGGUAUGCAUAGUGUUAUGAGAUGACUGGAGUGAUUGAUUAGAGGAGGCAGGUUUGGCUUCACAGAGAAGGGGAAUUUGAACAAGAGGUACUGGCGGAUGACUAGGAGCUCACCAGGCAUUUUAGGCAGAGGGGCAAGCUUCUGCAAAACUGCUGAAGCAGGUAAGUUUGCAGGAAAAUGGACGGGAGAUGGCUGGGGUGGGAGCACAGGACCUGGGGUUUGAGAAGUGACUGGAGACGAAGCUGGGAAGACAUGAGCGUAGACAAGACUGACGAGUGGUCUGGGCAUUGCCUUUGAGGUCCUGCCACAUACAAUGUGUGGGACCACUGUGGUUUUCAGCUGAGAAGCGCACGAUCCCAUUGCAGUGUUGGGGAGGACAGGUUGAGAAGGAACAUGGUCAGGAAUAAGCUGCGAGCAAGACCACAGCAAAGAUGGAAGUGGGGAGGGUCUGAGGCCAGACAGUGGCAGCCUGACAGAGGUGCAGAGGGGCUGAGCCCUGAGGUGUUUAUGAGGUAGAAUUCACAUGACAAUGAUCAUGACAGCAGUAGUAGAACUGAGUAUGGCUCACGGUAGGUGCUCAGUGAAUGCUGGUUAAAUGGGUCAACCCACGGGGUGCUACGCAGGAGGCGAUGGGAAAUUCAACUCUGAGAUGUAGCGGUUGAAAGGUGAGACUGGAAGGCAGAGCUUUGGGAUGCAUUGACAUUCAGGGUGCCUAGAACCCCGUGAUUAGACAGCACGACUUAGCAAGGACUUGGGGGCGAGAAUAAAGAGGUAGCAGGUAAAGAGGUGGCAGCCAAGGAUGGUGCCUGGGGGCUCUCGCAGCGUGGGCAGGGGAAGGAGACACCAACGAAGAAAAUGAAUAAGGAGGCCCAAGGCAGGCACUAACCUCCCAGAAGGCACAAGAGUUUUAAAUGGGAGAACUUAGCAGAAGGAUCCGGUGCUCAUCGAGGAUGAAGCUGAAACAGACCCAGGGCAUUUAGUAGUUGGGUUGCCAUGGUAACCUUGCCCAGGAAGCUUUGGCGGGGAGGUGGAGGCAGAGAGUUGAGAGUUAGUUAGAAGGCGUUUGGCUGCAAGUAACAGAACAUGGAACUCACAGUAGCUUAAAAACGAGGGCUUAUGUUUUUCAAAUCACAAGACGUCAGAGGAUGAGCAGUUCAAGGCUGGGCUUACGACUUGGCGGUGCUGGGACUCGGCCUCGUUUUGCUCCGUUCUCUGAGUCUUUUGUUCAGGGUCCCAAACACCAAGCCCUCACAAGACAAGCUCGAGCAGCAGAAGGGGCAGGCCCGGGUUUCUGCUGCAUCCCUCCCGUCGGAGAAGAGCGUUCCCAGAGGCCCCCUCACACAGUGCCCUUCCUUGUUGUCCUCCAGGCACGGGUCACCGGCCCGUGUACCCCCUGGAGAGGAUGUGGAGCAGUUGGAGAAAGAUGGGUGACAACAGCACGUUUCUCCAGGCCAGCCACAACAUGCCGUCCACAUCGCAUUCUCUGUUUACAACCAACAUCCAGGGCAGCGAUGAAGAACCCACCACCAUUUAUGACUAUGAUUACGGCGCGCCCUGUCAGAAGGCCAAUGUGAAGCAAAUCGCAGCCGGGCUCCUGCCUCCGCUCUACUCGCUGGUGUUCAUCUUCGGCUUCGUGGGCAACAUGCUGGUCGUCCUCAUCCUCAUCAACUGCAAGAGGCUGAAGAGCAUGACGGACAUCUACCUGCUCAAUUUGGCCAUCUCCGACCUGCUCUUCCUUCUCACCAUCCCGUUCUGGGCCCACUAUGCCGUACAUGGGUGGCUCUUGGGGGAGGUGAUGUGUAAGUCAUUCACCGGGCUGUAUCACGUUGGGUAUUUUGGCGGAAACUUCUUCAUCAUCCUCCUGACCAUCGACAGGUACCUGGCGAUCGUCCACGCCGUGUUUGCAUUAAAGGCCAGGACAGUCACCUUUGGGGUGUUGACAAGCGGGGUCACCUGGGUGGUGUCCAUGUUCGCCUCUCUCCCCGGGAUCGUCUUCGCGAGAGUGGAAAAGGAAGAAGAUUUUACGUCCUGCAGUUCUCACUUUCCAAAAACAUGGAAGAGUUUCCAUACAAUAAUGAGGAGCAUCUUGGGCCUGGUCCUGCCCCUGCUUGUCAUGGUCAUCUGCUAUUCGGCCAUCCUCAAGACCCUGCUCCGGUGCCGAAACGAAAAGAAGAGGCACAAGGCCGUGCGGCUCAUUUUCGUGAUCAUGAUUGUUUACUUUCUUUUCUGGGCUCCCAACAACAUCGUGCUUCUCCUGAGCACCUUCCAGGAGUCCUUUAACGUGAGCAACUGUCAGAGCACCAGUCAGCUGGACCAGAUCAUGCAGGUGACAGAGACCCUUGGGAUGACACACUGUUGCGUCAACCCCAUCAUCUACGCCUUCGUCGGGGAGAAGUUCAGAAGGUAUCUCUCCACAUUCUUCCGAAAGCACAUCGCCAAACACCUCUGCAAACAGUGCCCAAUCUUCUAUGGGGAGACCGCGGAUCGAGUGAGUUCCACAUACACACCUUCCACAGGGGAGCAGGAGGUCUCAGUUGGUUUGUAAAUGAGUAGCAGUUUGCUUCUUACUUUUAAGAGGGGACAGCAAUCUGUAUGUGAUAAUAAAGCCUCAAGGGUCUGUUGCAGAAGGGAGGCCUGUGAGCUUCUGAGGCGAUAGCACGCUCAGGAACCUCAGGGUCGUGCGCACCAAGACAGAUUUUGUUCCUCCCUACGUGACCAAGGCGCACUCAGGGGAUAGUCCAGAACAACUGUGGGUAGAGACUGUGACUUCUCCAACGAGCUCCUCCCAGUUCCUGGAAAACGCCAUACCUGGAAAAUGCUUAUGUGCUUCUCCCGGCCUUCACCUUCUCUUCACUGGCUCUGCAAUGCUAUCUAUCCCUUUGGUCAGGGGUCCAGCUGGAGGUGGAGAGGGGGGCAAGUGGGCAUGGGUGGAUGGCGUGAGGGCGCAUGGGGUCAGUGUCGAGUGCCAGGAGGUGUGGGCAUGGCUGAGCCUGGGUGAGGAGGAUGGGAAGGGCUUCGUUGGUCCAGCCAGACAGCAGUGCUGCCCCCAGGCCCUGUUUCCCACCCAUAUUAACCUGGAAGGCCCCACCUGCUCAGGGAGAGCAUGGGAACCCCAAGAACCCUCUGAGAGCUUCAUUUGGGUCCAGUCAUCCUCUUCUGUGUAAGUACAUGACACAUUUUUGCUUUGUUGCCAUUUAUCUGUGACAACCACGCGGUCUACUUUUGCAAUCUAUUAAAUAUCAUGCCCCAUUUUUCACAUGCGUCAUAAGCCACAUGCCCCUAUGUAAAAAUGUAUGAACGUGUUUGUUUAUAAAAUCUGUGUAGUCUAUAAUGAGAUGAAAAAUAAAAGCCCUCGUCUGGGCUGUGCAGGGAAAGGGGAGGUUUGCAGGUAGUGAUGGGGAGAAGGCGUGAAGGUGGAUGACUUCCUGCAUCAGGAAGGCGGGAACUGUAGCAAGAGCUCUGGAGGCUAUGUGAGCACACACACCGCCCCGCAACCCCCUGCAGCAGUGUUUCCAGAAUCAGCUAGGAAAGGCCAGGAAGGAUGCAUCCGAACCCGUAGAGGCCUCAGGUCUUUGGAUCUGACUGUGUUUAUCUUCUUGUUACCUGUCCCUGCUGCCCUGGCCCCAUCUGCGCCCCCCACCCCCUGAGACUUCAUCACAUCACUCUUGCCCGAAGGAUUGCCCUGCCCCAGAGCCAGCUCGAGGAGGUCCAGGAGAGUGGCCUUGGGGAGUAGAAAACGGCGCAGCCAGAACCCCUCCAUGGGCCCGGGAGAGGGGGAAAACCGGUGGGGGCCCUGGGGUGUGUCGCCGGGGCAGAGAAGGAGCCGGCAAAGAUGACAGAGGCCCCCGCCUUGGAAGUCAUACCCUAGCCUGUGAAUCUCGGGGUCUAAUCGGCCAGAUGGGGCGGACCUACACGAGGAAGACUCUAGAUGGGGUUGGGGUAAAAUGUUUUCCAAACUACCUUCCAGCACCUCAUUUUUGGAUCCAGGCAUAGAGUUCGCAUAUGUAAAAAUAAUAAUAAUAAAGUAAAAAUAAAAGUAAAGCUGAAACU